AACAUCGUCGAGUGUUCAUACCUCAACAACCAAAUCAACUCUUAAAUCAUCAUGCCUCCUAAAGUUGGUGGAAAAGCCGCAUCUAAAGGUUCGAAGAAGGCUGCAUCGAAGGCCAAAGCUGUUCGCAGCACUGACAAGAAGAAGAAGAGAAGGAGGAAGGAAUCUUACGCCAUCUACAUCUACAAAGUUUUGAAACAAGUUCAUCCAGAUACUGGUAUCUCAUCCAAAGCUAUGUCUAUCAUGAACUCCUUCGUCAACGACAUCUUCGAAAGAAUUGCUGCCGAAGCCUCCAGAUUGGCUCAUUACAACAAAAGAUCAACAAUCACGUCCAGAGAAAUCCAAACAGCCGUAAGACUUCUGUUGCCCGGUGAAUUGGCUAAGCACGCCGUUUCUGAGGGAACCAAGGCUGUAACCAAGUACACCAGCGCUAAGUAA